AGUAUUGUUCUAAUCACUGGCGAAAUAAGUAACGUCUGUGUCUGACGCUAUUGCUGUUUAGGGAAUAAACACACUCUAUCGGAAAUAUAGUUCGCAAAAAAUAAUUAUUUUUUUUUAUAUAAAUAAACUCAAUUUCUGUGUUCAAAUAGUUUUAAAACAUGGCCAAUAUCUGUGUGAAAACUUUGUUGCCGGCGAACCGUAUUUUGGGAGCAACAACAAAAACAACAGUUUGCAGUCAACGUGGAAAAUCAUGGUUUGAGGGUGUAAAAAUGGGCCCACCCGAUGCUAUUCUGGGUGUUACCGAAGCUUUCAAACGCGACUCAAACCCAAAUCGCAUCAAUUUGGGUGUGGGUGCCUACCGUGAUGACAAUGGCAAUCCUUGGGUAUUACCUAGUGUUCACAAAGCUGAACAACGUGUUAUUUCCAAAAAAUUAAACAAAGAAUAUGCCACCAUUUUGGGUAUUCCUGAAUUUUACAACAAAGCCAUUGAGCUAGCUUUAGGUAAAGAUUCUCAGAUUAUACAUGAAAAGCGUAAUGCCACAACACAAGGCAUUAGUGGUACUGGUAGUUUACGUAUCGGUUCUGCCUUCUUAAGUAAAUUCUGGGAAGGUAAUCGUGAAAUCUAUGUACCGAAUCCAACAUGGGGUAAUCAUAUUCCAAUUUUCGAACAUGCCGGCAUGCCAGUUAAGAAAUAUCGUUAUUAUGAUCCCAAUACCUGUGGUUUGGACUUUAAAGGAUGUUUGGAUGAUAUUAGUAAAAUUCCCGCAAAAUCGGUUAUUAUGUUGCAUGCAUGUGCUCACAAUCCAACUGGUGUCGAUCCUACCAAAGAACAAUGGUUGGAACUCUCCAAAUUGAUAAAACAAAAAGACUUAUAUCCCUUCUUCGAUAUGGCCUACCAGGGAUUCGCUUCCGGUGAUGUAGAUCAUGAUGCUCAGGCCAUACGUAUUUUUGAAUCCGAAGGCCAUCAAUAUUGUUUAUCACAAAGUUUUGCUAAAAAUAUGGGUCUUUAUGGUGAACGUGCUGGCACUUUCACCGUAGCCUGCGCCAACAAAGAGGAAACCGAUCGUGUUACUUCGCAAAUAAAAAUUCUAAUCCGUGCUUUAUACUCCAAUCCACCUAUUCACGGUGCACGCAUAGUAGCUGAAAUUUUGAAUGACGAACCUUUGCGUGCCGAAUGGUUGAAGGAUGUCAAAGUGAUGGCCGAUCGCAUUAUUGGCGUUCGUGACAAAUUGAAGGGUAAUUUGAUUAAGAAUGGCUCCACCAAAUCAUGGGAUCACAUUACCAAUCAAAUUGGUAUGUUCUGUUAUACUGGCAUGAAACCCGAACAAGUCGAACGUUUGGCCAAGGAAUUCAGCAUUUAUUUAACUAAAGAUGGUCGCAUUUCUAUGGCUGGUGUCACCAGUAAAAAUGUAGAAUAUUUAGCCAAGGCCAUGCACGAAGUUACCAAAUAAGCAAUCGAAUAAAACCACAAAAACAUUUGAGCUUCUGAACUUUGUCUAGGUUUUGUUUAAGUUUAAGUAAACAGUUUAAUGUAUUUUUAAGUCGAAAUUGCACUUAUUUUCUUUAAAACUUUGCACUUAUUUCGCUACUACGAUGAAAAAUUAUUGUUAAAACAAAUUAAGUUUAAUAAAAAAUAAAUAUUUAGAAAAA